AGACUCGCAAUGAGUCAAUAACAAUAAUAAAUAAUCUUCAGAAUCCGAAGAUAUCCAAAUAUUAUAAUUAAAAAAAGAGGUGCAAGUGCGAGAUCUGUCACUGCUUAGUGCUACUAGGACGAACGGAAACUCAUUGGAGAUUGUACAUAUAGUGAAUAGUGAAAGACAAAAAGGAGACUAAACAUGGCCUACAACGACAACAUCAACAACGAAAACGUUUGAUGUCAACUUUACCAAGUCCGCACACACGACGAUUAUCCAGAAUCGGAGAUGGACGAGCGGGAGAGCCUAUAUUUUGAUACUAUAUCGCUGGCCGAUUCGGAGGCAGCUGCGGUGGCGGCAGCGCAUCGUAAAUCGCUCUCACAAUCAAGGAACACUAUCUAUCAUUCGGCUGUCGAUUUGGCCGGCGAUGGUGAAACGAGGAAUAGCAUGCGUUUGGGCAAUAGCAUGGGUUGGCAAUAUCAGCAACCUGGUUAUAGGCAAUCAACAGCACUGGAGCAUUUAAAUGGCAAUGGGCAUGGCAAUGGCAAUGGAGCGGGAGGAGUUAUGGAUCAGGCAGAUGCUGCGAUAGCGGCCCAAAUGCAAAUGCUUGGUAUACAAAAUGGACGCACACAUUUACCCACUGGACUGGGUCUGGGUAUUGCUGGAGGGGGUGCAGGAGGAGCAGCAGUUGGCGGUGCAGGCGGCGGACGACCUGGCCUAGGAGGACCUGGCGACGAUGAGGUCUCUAGAUGUCUCUUAAGACAAAGUAGCACAGUUUCGCAUAAAGAUAAGAAAUUGCCAAUUACAUACUCCCAGUGGAAAUUGAGGACAUAUCGGCGUUUCAAUGAUGGCAAACGCAGCGUGGACUUUGUGCUCGCCUACAAUGGAGAAGAUCUGAUUGAGGAACAUCGACGAAAACGUGAGAUUUUCGAGGCAAAUCUUCAACGCGAAGGUCUGGAAUUGGAGCACUAUGUGGGACAACGUGUACACUUCAUAAAGCUGCAUGCCCCACUUCAAGUUCUAUAUCGUUAUGCGGAAAUUUUGAAAAUCAAAUUGCCAUUGCGCCCCAUACCGGGCCAGGAGCAAAUUGUCGAAGAGUCUGAGCAUGAAUUCAAAUCUUGUCUGACUCGCAUGUGUCGCAGCCUGUUCAGUUCGGUGCAAUUGAAUACGGCUCUAUUUCCGGAGCGCGAAGCACGCAUCCACUUGGAAUUCUCACAGAAAUAUUUGGAACUCUACGAUACGGAACAUCCAAAUUUCUUCGAUGCCAGCACUAGAUAUUCGAUUAUCAAUUUUAUACUCCAGCGGCAACAUUUCGUUGAGGGCGAAGAAACGGCUGACAAUUUGGGCGUUGAGAAGCUAAUACAGGAUGGCAUCUACACCUGUGCCUAUACACUGCACGAUAAAGAAGAACGUGACCGGCUACUUAAAGAGUGGGCCAACAUUGGCAAAUGGAAGAAUCUGCAGCCAUUAGACCAUGUUAAGGACUAUUUUGGAGCCAAGGUGGCUCUAUAUUUUGCAUGGCUUGGCUUUUACACACAGAUGCUAAUACCAGUUAGCAUUAUUGGUAUUAUUUGCUUUAUCUAUGGGUUCAUAACGUGGAACAGUGAUCCGAUAAGUCGCGAUAUAUGCAACGACAAUGGCACCACAAUCAUGUGUCCGCAAUGCGAUCGAAGCUGUGACUACUGGAAGCUAAGCGAGACAUGCACAUCAUCGAAAUUUAAUUACCUAAUUGACAAUAGUAUGACUGUGGUCUUUGCCUUCGUUAUGGCCAUUUGGGCGGUGGUUUAUUUGGAGUUCUGGAAACGCUAUUCAGCCGGCCUGGUGCAUCGUUGGGGUCUCACCGGUUUCAAUCACAAUGUUGAGCAUCCGCGUCCACAAUACUUGGCCAAAAUAUCACGUUCAAAGAAAAUCGCUCAAAAGGCAUCAGCUCAAGGCGGCCUUCCUAAUGCUCUUGAUCCCGAUGUGCCGUUUUGGAGUAUUAAAUUUUUGCCAAAUUUUACUAGCUACAGCAUUAUGGUUUUGUUUAUAUCCAUUUCAAUCAUUGCAAUAGCAGCCAUCAUUAUCUAUCGCAUGGCACAACGUGCAUCAAGUAGUAUUCUGGGUAGUGAAAAUUCAAUGACCUACAAAGUUAUGGUCCUACCCAUGACAGCUGGCAUUAUAGAUUUGGUUGUGAUCUCUAUACUUGAUUUGGUCUACUCGAAAUUGGCCGUAAAGCUGACCAAUUAUGAGUACUGUCGCACCCAAACCGAAUACGAUGAGAGUCUCACAAUUAAGUACUAUGUGUUCCAGUUUGUCAACUACUAUUCGUCCCUAUUCUAUAUAGCAUUUCUUAAGGGUAAAUUUGUUGGCUACCCAGCCAAAUAUAAUACGGUGCUUGGAUUCCGUCAGGAAGAAUGCAAUCCCGGUGGCUGCCUCAUGGAACUGUGCAUGCAAUUGGUAAUCAUAAUGGUUGGCAAACAGAUUGUUAAUGCCGUUAUUGAGAUGCUUGUACCAUAUCUAAUGCGUACGAUCAAGAGAUAUAUUCAACAUUACAACUGGUAUAGACGUCAGCAUGAAGAUGAGCCAAGAUUGGUGCCCUGUAAUCAAUUCACAGAGGAUUACAAUCUCCUGCCUAUGGAGAAUGACUCCCUCUAUGCAGAAUAUUUGGAAAUGGUGGUCCAAUAUGGUUUUAUUAUACUGUUCAGUUUGGCUUUUCCACUGGCUCCGUUGCUGGCCUUGAUAAACAAUGCGAUAGAAGUGCGUCUGGAUGCCAUUAAGAUGCUUCGUUUCUUCCGUCGACCAGUGGGAAUGCGCGCCCGUGAUAUUGGCGUGUGGCACAAUAUUAUGACUGUGGUCACUCGCAUCGCCGUGGCCUCCAGUGCCAUGAUUAUAGCAUUUAGUACGAAUUUGAUACCGAAACUUGUCUAUAAACACUCAACGGGAGAUCAUGAGCUGAAUAAUUAUCUAAACUUCACUUUGGCCUACUUUAAUACCCAGAAUUUCCAAAGUCCGCCGAUUUCGACGAGCAGUCAAUACGCGAAUAUCACUGAAUGUCGUUACACUGAAUUCCGUAAUCCUCAUUGGGAUGAGCAUCCCUAUAAGCGUCCCAUGAUCUACUGGAAAAUACUCACAAUUCGCUUGACCUUCAUUGUUGUCUAUCAGAACAUCAUCAGCAUGUUGCAGGGCAUUCUACGCUGGGCCGUACCAGAUGUCUCUGGCCGCCUGCUUAAACGUAUUCAACGUGAGAAUUUCUUGCUACGCGAGCACAUUAUUGAAUAUGAGAAACAUCAGGCUCAGGCCCAGCUUCAGGUCCAGAUACCGACCACUAAGGAGUCAGAGACCGCGCUACAUCAACGCCCACAAAGACGUAACGAUGGUGCGGGAGACGAUGCCACCUCAUAUGUGUGAAACAAACUAACAAACAAGAAGAAAGGAAACCCACCCACAUCUAAAAAGAACCCAACCGAAUCAAACUCGCAUUCAAUCUUCCUGCUUCAUUCGCCUCAAUUGCUUGGCCAGCAAUAGCUAGAUUUAUAAGAUCAAGUGCAUUUUAGUUUAAGUCCAACAACGGCGAGUUAUCGAUUGAACACAAUCUGGGCGAAGGGGGGCUUUCGAUUAAGGGUGGACAACAACAACAACUCGAAAAAAAAACAACCAAAUGAAAUCUACAACACUUGUUCAUAUUUUUAGAUGUAUUUACGAUUAGAAUGAGUCGAGGUCCAGACAAUGCGAUCUCUAAUAGUAACUCUCUAUAUACAUAUAUAGAAUAUGAGAACCAUAAUUCAUACCAAAAUCAAUGUUAAAUACUUUGGAAACGCAAUUUGACUUUGUAUUUUAUGUUGUCUUACCCGAUUUGGUUUAUAUGUAUGUGUAAAGGCAGUAUGUAUCUGUUUUGCUUUAGCUGAUUUGGUACAUAUACAUAGAUAUUUAUAUAACAGAUAGUAAUUGUUAAUGUUGUUGCGCUCCAUCGUACUUAAGAUGAGAUAUUGUAAAUGCUUUGUUGUGUUCUUUUUGUUUUUCGUCUUUAAAAGUGAUUGCUCAAGGAAAAGUUACAACAUACAAAAGAAAACCACGACGAUAAAAGCGAUAAAAAAUGUUAUAGUCGAUCUUACAGUAUAUUUUUGUAUAAUUGUGUGAUGAGAUGUUAAGUUUAGAUUCCGUUUGCUAAUACACUACAAAUUAUUUAUUUUAAAAUAAACCAGAAUUAAGUGACUAA